UUGAAAAAGAUUGCGAUUAGCUUGUUAGCAGACUUUGUGCGAGCUAAUAGACAACAAAAAUCGUUACAUCAAAACAACAACGGCUUAACUGUCGAACACAAGGAUAGUAAGAGGAAAAAACGGAAAGGGUCCAAGCGGAGUACAUCCAGUGCUAGUGAGGUUUCAGAGGUUGCUGAACCUGAUGUGGACACGACUCCGACCAGAGAACGUGAAGAACAGACGGAUAGGCGACUAAAUCCCGUCAAGGUUGACCACAGUCAAACAACAACAACAUAUGAGGAUACUUUCGAUGGUGUUCUUCAAUCUCACAACAAAAGUAAUCACCAAGAACCAAAUUCCGUACAUAGACUUCAAUAUAAUUCUACAAAUCGUACUAAUCACGAAAGAACUUAUGUACCUUAUACACAAGAUCCUAACGCUGUGAAUACGCACGCUCAGGAUUCUUUCAGUGAUGAGUCUUCUGAUGCGUUAGAAUACAGCUCUCAUCAUGGAUAUACAAAUAGUUAUAAACCUGUGUACCCAGGUAUAAAACGUGGACAGCCAACAGUCCCUGAAGUAAGUGAUAAUACAUUUGAUAUAAUAGGAGAGAGUGUGGACGCACGGUUCCCCUGGCAGAGAGAUAUAGCAGUGCAAUGCAAAAUGGGUUCUAGAAAGAAAAAGUCUGAUUUUGCCAAGGGGCGGAGUAUGUCCGCGUCUUGUGCAGACAUGUCCCCCGAUAAUGAACUAGACGAUACGGCCAGCGUCACUGACCAACGACACUCAAUCUGUGUCACAGAGCCUUACUUUGACAAACCAACAAUAGACAAUAGGAGGACGGCGUCCGAUCUUGCCAUUUACCAAGCUGGAUCUCGACGCAGGUCCGGGCGACGCAGGAUCCCUCAUGUUGUCGAGGAAGUCUCGCGUGGCCAGGAUUCAGACUCUGAAGAGGACGAGAUAAUGCGAGAAUUAAUGAUAAGACACAGCCCUAGUCCACGACAUAGCUACGAAGAUGGUUCAGGUGAGAGUCUCACAUCGUCACACAGACAACAUCACGAACGUGCCAAGUCCUACCCCUUCCACGCUUUCGAUGUCCCUGAGACGAACAGCACGUGCCAUCGCAGCGAUAUCCUACAUUCACCGAGCGUAUCGCCGUUACCAUGGCAACAAGGGAGUGUCCCAAGUUUGGUUGUCACGUCAACGGGUGAAGCAACAACAGGAAACCGCCAUCUAUCGGCAUCCAACAACAAUCUCUUGUCAGUCCCAGAUAAGAUUCCCAGAAAACAGAGCUCGGGAAGUCUAACUAGUCCCUCGGAGAGUGAAAGUGAACCAUCACCGCCACCUAUAAGACGCCUGGGCAGACGUAGGGCUAUCUUUGACUCAAAGCCAUUUGGUGUUACUUCCUCGGCUAACAUAUCACCCGAACAUUCACCUGCAAACUCUUGUGAUGAAGAAACGAACUCAAGUUCCUCUAGCCCGAGGCUGCGGUCAAGGCGGUCAAGACGGCGCAGUUCGGCUGACGACAGUGUUCUCCCUGACACCGUUGGACAAGGAGAGGUCGUCCUUAAAGAACACCCAAGGAAGAACCCGCUCCUCAAGAGAAAUACAAUAGCGGACUUUGCAGCCGUUAAACCACUGCAGCCUGGCUUGCCUUUUACCAGUGAACCCGAUAAGACUAAAAUAAAAGGCUCUUCGUUUUCUCUACUAAAACUAAUUGACAAGAAGAGUAAACAGCAGAGACUCAGCCUUACAGACUUGGACGACGUCCUGAAGAAUAUGAAAAUAUCAGAGUUCACCGAUACAAAUCUUGCACAUUAUAAAGAUCUCCACUGGUCGGAACUUAUAGCAAGCCGGGAUAAACAGGGGAGCGAUGUAAAUAGCCUACAAAUAUCAGAGAUAGAAAGAAAAAGAAGAGAAGUUGUCUGGGAACUUUUCCAAAGUGAAUGCACUUUCUUAUUCAAUCAUCUAGUCGUAUUGAAACAUUGUUUUAUGGAACCAUUGAAACGUUGCCAGGUUGAAGGUCAUUUAAUGUAUGCUGAGCCACAAGAACUGUUCGGGAACAUUGAUGAACUUUGUUAUGUGAGUUAUACUUUCUGUAGAGACUUUCUAACUGCAUUACAAAAGGACAUGAGUGCAACAAAAUUUGGGUCGACAGAUAUGCUUGUAAAGGCCUUUCAAAAACUAAGUCAACAUUCCAAAGAUGGUGAGGUAUACCAUACAUAUUGUCUCCACUAUCCAAAUGCAAUCAAAUACUUGGAGCAGCUGCAGAAAAGGGACUCGUUUAAUGACUUUGAAAGGAGGGUGGAGCAAGAUCCGAGGUGCAAUAGGCUUAAAAUAAAGGAUCUUCUUAUUGCACCACUUCAACAUUGUACAAAGAAACCCCUGUUGCUGGCAAAUAUACGCAAGUAUACAGAAGAUCCUGAUGAACGGGAACAGCUGUCCGAAUCUCUUUCAAAACUAGAAACAUCUCUACAGAACUUAGAGGAGAAGAUGAAAUGGGUAAAGAACAUGCAGAGAGUACAGGAAAUUCAGCAACAGAUAGUUUGGCAGCCGAUCACAGAAAUGGACACAAGAACUUACAUUCCUGACUUUCUCAAGCCCACACUUAGUAAGCAGCCGUGUGAAAAGCUACUAGAAACAUCAAAUAGGCAACUUAUAUUUGAGGGACCUCUAACACUUAUAGAAACUGCCAAAACAAUUGACAUGUAUCUGUUCCUCUUUGAUGAUAUAUUAUUAUUAACAAAAAUAAAACAGCGUCCAAGGAAGCAAAAGCAGUCAACUAAUGAACGGGAUCAGGGUGUCAACCAGCGACCACAGACAGAGGGCGCUAUAUUUGUCGUCUACAGGCAGCCCGUGGCACUUGACAGGUUCAGUUUACAUGAUAUCAGCACCUCGGAGGCAUCAGCUAGCGGUCUUAAGCACUCAUUUGUGCUGGUACAGAUCAGUCGGUUCCAACAGAUCAUAGGAGUGUAUACAUUACAAGCAGCUACAGACGUCAUCAAGAGCCAGUGGCUUCAACAUCUGGAGCACGUAAAGAAGAAAUACAAGCAAAGCUGGGAACAUGAUGAUACAAAACAGGACAAAGCUGAAUCUCCGACGAGUUCAAUACGAUCCAAAAAAUCCCAGUCAGGAUCAAUUAAGUCCCAACAAUCUGAUAAAACUGGAUCACUCCCAAGAAACUUCCGGGAGAAAACUGACAGUACCCAAAGUAGGGAUAGUGGUGUUAGUGUAACGUCAGAGAGGACAAUGAGGUCACAAAGUAGCUCUACAUCAUCAGAGCGUAACUCUGUUGGAGACAACAGGAGUUCGCCUGUACCUGCCACAAGGAAGUUGGCAAAUGACGUUAACGAAGUGCAUGUGAUUAAAGAGGAGACAGACUAUGAGAUGGUCAUGCAUCGUCAGCUAGAGACAUGUUUGGGUGAUAGGCCACCCCCAGUGCCCAAUCUCCCUCCACCUCUGGUUCCGCCACAACAAAAUGGAGUAGCACAUCAACAUAGAGCGCCACCUGACGGAGGUUCCACUCAACAAUCCACAUAUACCACCCCUUUAAAUGUACAAUCACCUCAGUCUCCUCCUAAAACACACAGGGUAUCCUACCCACAGCCAACAGUGCCCGACGAACAUAAGACUCGUAGUUUACCGAAAGGCACAAACCUUAUCAGUAUGUCACAGACACAUGAACAAUCAAUUGAUGCUGUAUUUUUAUAAUGACAACAGCCGACGUAGUUCAACAGUACUUCUUUCGAACAAAUACAGAUGACUUCAUUUGAUAAACAUAAGAACACAAUAUAAUACACAACGACCUGGAUCAAAAUAUGAUUUACCGUAUAUGUGGAUUGCCAAUUAUUCAAGUAGAAAAGAAGACGUCUAUUCUAGUGAUUAAAAUUAAUCUCAUGCGAAUGGUAUAACUGAAACAAACUUUUGAUACUAUCAUGAUUUUCACUGUAUAUUUUUGUAAAAAUAACGAUCUGACUGUACCAAAAACGUGUUACUCCAAACAAAUUGUAUACCAUACAUUUUCAUCAGUUAGUGAGUCUUUUGGAUAUACAUAUAAAGUCGCAAUCUCAUCAAAGCAGGACGAACUUGCUGGUGGGAUUUGCACCCAUACUGUAAUUCACAAUGUGCAAAUGAAGCUACCUUUAUAACUAGUCCCAAUAUGAUCUUGUCCCAAGUGUAAACUAUUUUUGAUUCCAGAAUAGAAGUAAACGAGAUUCAGACGCAUUCUGUCACAGAUUCAUGACAAUGGUUUAAUCUCAGAUGAUGUACAACAGUAUGUAUUUUCCAGUAAAUAUGAGCCAUCGACACACACGUGUUACAUUUCUAACAUGAAAAUGAUGUCUUUGAAGUUCUAAAGAUGUCAUCAUAGUAAUGUAUGCAUUUCUGCUGCAGUAUUUGAAUAUUUAUUAAUGAACAUGCUUCAAUUUCACACAACAGUGUAUUUAAAUCAUUUCAUGUAUUACAACAUUGGUAAACUGUUUUGUUCACCAGUUGAAACAUCAUGAAACAAAAGUUAUGGUGUAAUGUAUUAUCAAGUACGAUAUCAGUUGCUAUAGCUGCCAACUAGGUUUAUCAAUCUGCCUCAAAACAAAGCACUGGUAAUUCAAAUGAAUGACUCUUGUAAGAUCAUAUACCUUUAUCUACAUUGUACAUGUGUGCAUCUCUGAACUAUGCACAAAUCACAACAAUCGGAUAUCUAAAAUUUGUGGUAUGUUUCUUUCCUUUGCGGUAUAGAUGGCAGCAUGGGCCUCUAUGCAAGGCCCAUAAUUACAACCAACGCGUAUGGACUGUCAUCACAAUAACAGUGAUGACGAACAGUGAUAUAUAACAGUGAUGACUCAAAUGUUUUGAUACAAGUGCUGUUUCUUUUGAAAUCAUUUCAAAUAUACUGUUGGUUGAUAGUAUAAUGUUUUAUUCACAGUCAAACUAUGACAUGUCAAUAUUUGUUAAAUGUGCAAAUGAUACAAGAUUAUGGUAUUUAAUAUUUUAUGAAAUAAAAUAAACACUAUU